AUGUCGCCGAUAUAUUCCGGACUUUUGGUGCUGUUGGUGUUUUCACUCGCUGAGGUUUCAUCACGACCUUCAAAUAAUGAGUCGCUUAAAUCUCAAGAGGAAUCAUCCAAAGUAGUCAAAGCAAUCGUCGAAAAAGAAGAUGGAUCUAUAUUCUAUCAAACAAAUACUGAUAUAAAUUCCGAAGAAGACAACACAAAAGAUAUUGUCGAAAGAAUUAAAAAUAUAAACAACGGUUUACACUUCGUAUCUCGAAAACCGAUAAAUCUUAACGAGCCUACACGUGAGAAAACUAAUGGGUUAGAUAAGGAAACUCUACAAAAAAUUCAACAAAUAAUUGCAUCAGCCAACCUUAUAAAGUCAAAUUCUCAUAAACAUAAUUCAAAAGAUUUGAGUUCAAUCGAUGAGCAUUAUGGAGAAAAUUCUUAUUCGAGAGCUCUUAAAUAUACACCGAAUAUGUUCAUGCCAAGUCCGAUAUCACUUGUCCCAUAUCCAUAUAUGAUGAAUAUGCCAAUGAUUCCAGUACCUGUUAAUGAAAUGUUUGGUAACGACUUGAUAACGAAUGAUGUUAAAUCUGCUAUACCAAGCGAUACAUUCAAAACAAGACAACGACAACCAUUAUUCCCUGGAUUUCCGUCAUUCCCUUCUUUUUCAUUUGGAAACUUUCAACUUGGCCAGUGGCCUUCACUAUUUCCUAUCUUGAUAAAAAAUCCAGUGGUUGCUUUAAACCAAGGUGGCGGCUGGGAGAAUUUCAUCGAAUAUGGUCAAAGUGCUGAUGUAUGCAGCAGAAAACAAAAAUCUUCUGACGAAGAAAAUUCACAUAAAGACAUUUUAGAAGCUAUUCAAAACAGUUUACGUGAUCUUAACAAUGAAGAUAUCCAUGCAACUAGUGCAAUUUCACUAGUCAAUUCGAAAUCCAGAGAAGCACGAGCCGUUAAAAAACGAACUGUAGAUAAUGAAGCACCUCAACAAGAAGUAGAAGAAAGCAGUAAGACAGGGAAAAAGUUAUAUACAGCUAAACCAACAGCCACUCGCAAGUCUACUAAAAGACCUGUAAUUGAAGAAACUAAUGAAGAUGUAAAGCAUGCGGACACAGAAGGCGAUUUACGGUUUCCUUUUGGUGAUUUUAGUUGGUUUGUAAAUAAGAAAACUCCAAUUCCUAGUCCUGGGUUUUUAAUAAAUAAACUAAAAGUUCGUAAAGGUGGAGUGGCGAUUGCUGGUCCAGGAGGUAUCGCAACAGCUGGAAGAGGUGGUACAGCUAUCGUUGGACCUGGAGGCUUGGCGUAUACCAAGCCGGGUGGUCUAGCCAUUGCCGGACCUCAUGCUCGCGUUGUCGCGCUUUCUCCCUAUGCAGAUCUAAAUUCACUUGUUCACCGUCUACCUCAUCAAGGCGAUUAUUAUUUACAAAGAUCAUUCGAGAAUUUACCAAUAAGAGAAGGAAAAUUAGUAGCAACCGGCCCUGUUAUUUACUAUCACCCCACCAAAGAAACGUCCACCAAAGAACCCCUUCCCACACCUGAA